GUACUUUUUUUCCUGGGCUACCUCAGCCCGCAGGUAGUGUUUGUCCUAACAGGAGCACAUUCUUGUGUGCAAGUAUGGAGAAGGCUGCAGUGUAUGCAUUGCUUGUUGCACUUUUGCAAUCAAACACCGUUUUCACUCAGGGACCUGAACACAAUUUGACAGGGAUUCUUCCAAAGCCAGGUCACUGCCCUCGUCUCCUCCAAGUGGUCCCAUCACACAAGGGGUGCACAUGUGAUGAAGACUGUCCCGCGGACCACAAAUGUUGUGUCUAUAACUGUGGCGCUGUUUGUGUCCCCCCUGCCUUCCCCAAGCCAGGAGUGUGUCCUCGCAGAAACUGGGGUUCUGGGAUGUGUGCGGAGUUUUGUUCUGAUGACAGCGACUGUCCCAGCAAGGAUAAAUGCUGCCAUAACGGAUGUGGGCAUGAGUGCAUUGCACCCUACAAAGUGAAGCCAGGCCGUUGUGCUUUGCCCCAAGGAACACCCAUGUGUGCAGAGUAUUGCUACCACGACGGCCAGUGUCCAGGAGAGCAGAAGUGCUGCAGGACGACCUGUGGACAUGCCUGCAGUGAGCCCUGCUGAGUGGACAUAUUCAAAAGGCCAUUAUAGGUGCUUUUAAUGUUUACAAGUACUCACUGUAAUCUUAUUUAGGUCACACAAUACCCUAUGUAAAAGUUUAUUAGAGAAUGAACUACUGUGUUUGAAAAAUUAAUAAAUGAUUCACAAAAUAGAAAUGUAUGUUAGGCAGCGGUCUAAUAUGUAAAAUGCAUUACACAUUUGUCUUUGAGAAUGCAGAAAUAUAUAUAUAUAUAUAUCAGCAUGUUUACACAUCUGUCUGAGAAUGAAAAAAAUAUAUAUAUCAGCAUGUUUACACAUCUGUCUUUGAGAAUGCAAAAAAAAAAUGUUUAGACAUCUUUCCUGUCUGUUUAUUCUCUGGCUUUAAACAGUUUGCAGCUGAGCUCACCCCAUCGUACAUCACUCACGUGGAAUGCCGUUUUUAUUUUGUUUGUUCCCUGCGGUGACCCAGUGUGCAGGUUUGAGAAGCUUGGCUUUGCAUACAGAGACCUCAGUGUUUGUCUGCUCCAUUGAGUUAGUGUGUACAGUGGAGCAUGCAUGAGGGCACUGAGAGGGAAGGGCUUUAGUUAGAACACAGAUGAACUUUGGAUGUUCUUCCCCUCAGUUAUUAGAACAAGGUAUUUUGUUUAUUAUAAAACCAAUUUGCAUAUAAAGUGGGCAGAAAUGCUAGUCAUACAGUAAUGUUUUAGUACAGGAUAAAGAGGCAACUAAUUUGUGUGGUUACAGUUCUAACACACCUCCCUUUGUUUACUUCAGAUAUGGAAUCAAUCUUGACACUGCACUCAACAUACGGGUGAGGAAAAAUAGAACCAGUCAAACAUUAACAAACACCCAUACAGAUGCACUGCAUGCUUGGAUCCAAUUCAGUAAUAAGAUAAAGUAGUAUAAACAUUACACGCGAUUACAAGUUAAAAAGGGGUGGAAAAAAAUGUGCAAAUAAAAUCAUGUUUGCUGACCUUAACAGUUCACCAACCACUUCAUUAGUUACACCUGCAUGAUCCAAACCUAGUAUUGUGUCAGCAUUGCUGCCUUUACAAAAAACGUAAUGCUGCUCUUUGAUUGACACUUCCAUGGAGGUAUUAAAUUCUUAAUGCAAUAAUUACAAUUCUGCAGGUGUACCUCAUGAAAUGCAAGUCUAAAUUGUGUAUAAAUACCACUAUAACAUUUCUUUAGCCUGACAGGCUUCAGGGAGUCUAGCACCCUCUUUUGGUCUUCCCGUACCAUGAAUUCAUUCCGUCGCCUUCAUUCCCAGUGAAAACAAAUGGGAGACUUUGACAAACGCGAGAUUCCUGCUGUCAUUAAUAAUUAAGGCCUUAGUACAAAUGCAUUCACAAAAAGUGCAAACAGAACAUUUGAUCAUCUGGAGUAUGUUCAUAACUACCAAUAAAUAUACGCUGAUGAGACAAAAAAACUAGUGCCAUGUUUGUAAACACUCACGUGUCCUUUCUCUGGUCUAUAAGACUCAAAGACAAUUUGCUCACAGACUUCAUGAUUCAACACUUGCAGAGCGUCUUCCAUCCAAAUUUAAAUCUGCAUUUGCAUGCCAUUGAUUUAUCAAUCCUGCAUGAUCCAAACAUAUAUAUAUAUAAACUUGGACACAGUUCUUCCCUGAAUGUGGCAUAUUCACCAGUGGAUGUGACUGAAGGAACAGUAGAGACGUCUCACACCUCAAAGCGGCGGCACUCCCCUCAUCUUACGAAUGACAUUGGCAAUCCGUUUAGCCAGUCCUGGCCUGGGCUCUUCUAUCUGAAAGGUACGUGUGAGAAGGUUGUAGAUGGAUCCAUAGCCCACUGCCACUACUGUGCAGGUCAGGCAGAUGACGUUGUAAGGCAUGCUGAAGUCAGGAGUAGGCAAGUUGACCAGCAGAGGUUCUGUGUAGAUGCGUACAAAGUAGCCCAACUCUUC